UUUUUUUUUUUUUUUUAAGAAGAAGAUAUUUUAAAAACACGAACGGAUGCGCAUGCCUGAUUCCAGAAUCUCAGGUUUCACUCGCUUCCCCUGUGACUAUGUAAUUAUGCUGAUUGUUAUAAUAAUAAAAAAAAAUAAGCGAGACAGGCCAUGUCUUUACUUUAUCUGACUCCUCCCAUGUGGUGUGGUUUUCAUCUCACCUCUUUCUUUCUUUCUUUCUUUUUUACGAUCUGACUUCGGUUUCUGCGAAAGUUAUCCCCCUCUUGUCUUCUACUCCAUCCAAACAUCCCCUUCCCCUGUCUGACGUCACUUCCCCCACACUCUUUGUCCUACGCACCACCCCACUCUUUAUCCUACGCACCACCCCCCUCUUUUCCUGCGCAUCCACUGCGCAUUCUAGAUUCCUCCCCCCACCGCCUUUUUCCCCGCAGUCGCCAUUACACGUGUCUUGUCUUCUUCUUUCCACGUCAUCACUGUUUCUCUCCCCCUUUCUCUUCUUCUCUUCGCUAUCACCUUCGCUUCUUCUUCUUUCUCCCUUGUUCUCUCUCUCUCUACUUCUAGGGUUUGUUUCUUUUUCUCUUCUUUUUCAGCUGCUGAGUUUCUUGCCGUGCCCGAUUCUCACUGGACUAUGGGGUCGAUCCCCGAUCCAGGCGAGUUAACCGAGUUGACUCGCCCGAGCUUUGACGAGUUCCAGCGCCAGACCUCGCUCAUGACUAGCUGUACUCUUCUCUGGAAGGAACUUUCCGACCACUUCACCUCUCUUGAGCAGAACCUUCAGAAGAAAUCAGAAGCCCUCAAACACAAAUUCCAGACCCUGGACCAUGACACCAAGGCUACGCUUUCCUCCCUCAAGAAGCGUGAGGUCACUAUUGAUGGUAGCGUGGAGAUCGCACUCGAGCGCGUCGAGGAACACAGAGAAGACGCUCUCAAGUCCCUCGAGAACCAAAAUUUUGACCAUCCUGAUGGCGAAGUGGAUGACGGCGAUGCACUGUUACAGCUUCUCAAAUCCUACUGCUUGAAAAUGCACUCCAGGGAGUUCUGGAAGUUUGUGAUUACCAAGAAGAAGGAACUUGAUGUAUUGAGGAGCCAGAUUCCGUUGGCUUUGGCUGAGUGUGUGGAUCCUGCUAGGUUUGUCUUGGAAGCAAUUUCAGAGGUUUUUCCCGUGGAUAAGAGAGGAGAAAGGACUGAGAAAGGGAAUGAUUUGGGAUGGGCUUGUGUGCUGAUUCUGGAGAGCUUGAUUCCAGUGGUGGUAGACCCACUGAUAGGCAAUUCCAGGCUGUUAGUGACGCCAAGCGUGAAGGAGAAGGCCAAGGAGAUUGCCGAGACUUGGAAGAGAAGUCUGGAAGAGCGCGGUGGGAUUGAGAAUGUGAAGACUCCUGAUGUGCAUACUUUCUUGCAGCAUUUGGUCACUUUUGGGAUUGUGAAGAAGGAGGAUGUUGAUUUGUACAGGAAGCUCGUAGUUGGGUCCGCUUGGCGCAAGCAGAUGCCUAAGCUUGCUGUCUCGCUUGGUUUGGGUGAUAAAAUGCCUGAUAUGAUUGAAGAACUAAUUAGUAGGGGACAACAGCUUGAUGCGGUGCAUUUUACAUAUGAAGUUGGUCUUGUGGACAAGUUCCCCCCUGUUCCAUUGCUAAAAGCUUUUUUGAAGGAUGCAAAGAAGGCUGCAGCUUCUAUCUUGGAGGAUCCGGAUACUGGUCGAGCUGCGCACUUUGCUGCCCGGAAGGAGCAGUCAGCUCUCCGGGCUGUCAUUAAGUGCAUUGAAGAAUACAAACUAGAGGCUGAGUUCCCACCAGAAAACCUCAAGAAACGCCUUGAACAGCUAGAGAAGACCAAGACUGAGAAGAAAAGGCCGGCUGCAGUCCCUGCCAACAAAAGAACACGUGCCAGCAAUGGCGGCCCAAUGCCUCCAGCCAAGGCUGGCCGCUUGACGAAUGCUUACGUAUCAUCUUUCCCCGCACCUCCAACAUUUGUCAGGUCUCCGUCACACACUCAAUAUCCUACUGGUGUACCAGCAUAUCCUUCUGCCGCUGCAGUUUAUGGUAGCAGGAGCCCUCAAUCUCCAUAUGCCUACUCACCAGAGGCAACUGCCCCCAUUGCUGGAUCAUAUCGUGGGGCUCCUUUGAAUUAUCCUCCAUAUGGAGGCUAUGGAAAUGGUUUCGCACCAGCUUAUCAGCAGGCUUACUACCUAUAGACAUGACUACUUGUUGAAGAUGGUGACCACUGAUAUGAUGACCCCAAUAUCAUUUGCUUUCUCGACUGGCUUGUUUGUAAUCACUAACCUUUUUAAUGGUAGCGAUGCGUGUGUGAAUUAUAACUUUUCUACUUCUUGCAGUGUCAUUGUAAGUUGUAUUUCUAAUGAUCAAACUGUAGCACUAGGUACUUGUAAAAGUAAUCCUGAUGGAAACAUAACAAUGUUGAUGGACUAAAAGUACGACCUGUUAUUAGGGUUAGUUGUAGAAAAGUUGUUCCUUGCCGUUUU